CCGUAGCUGGGGCGGACCCUUCCGGCGGCGGCGGCGAGGAUGGCGGCGGAGAACCACUGCGAUUUCCCGGGCCCCCCGGCCGGCGGCCCGGGAGGCCCGGGCGGGCCCUGCCGCCGGUGCGGCUCGGCGCCGCCCCCCGGCGCCGUGCCCGGCAAGUGGGUCCGGCUGAACGUGGGAGGCACCUGCUUCCUGACCACUCGGCAGACGCUCUGCAGGGACCCCAAGUCCUUCCUCUUCCGUCUCUGCCAGGCCGACCCCGACCUGGACUCGGACAAGGAUGAAACAGGUGCCUAUUUAAUAGACAGAGACCCGACCUACUUUGGGCCAGUGCUGAACUAUCUCAGACAUGGGAAACUGGUUAUUAACAAGGACCUAGCUGAGGAAGGUGUACUGGAAGAGGCUGAAUUCUACAAUAUCACAUCACUAAUAAAACUGGUAAAGGACAAAAUAAGAGAAAGAGACAGCAAAAUCUCACAGGUGCCAGUCAAACACGUGUACAGGGUGCUGCAGUGCCAGGAAGAGGAACUCACUCAAAUGGUCUCCACAAUGUCUGAUGGCUGGAAAUUUGAACAGGCAAUCAGAAGAAUAACAUUUUGGCAUUACUGCAUAAUGAGAAACUUUGGGCUAUGUAACAUUGCCACAUACAAAGGCUUUAGACAACAACAGCAUCUUGUCAGUAUAGGUUCCCAGUAUGGCUGUGGCCGGGCCCAGCAGUCAGAGUAUCUCCUGAUAGUGUCACGGGAAGUGAAAGGGGAAGAGAGAUGCUUCCAGAAAUGCUGCAGUGAGCUGGUCAGUAUUGGUUCUUCCUAUAACUAUGGCAAUGAAGAUCAGGCUGAAUUUCUGUGUGUUGUCUCGAAGGAAUUGCAUAACACUCCCUAUGGCACAACCAGUGAACCCAGUGAAAAAGCAAAGAUUUUGCAAGAACGAGGUUCCAGGAUGUGAAGACAGUAUUGAACAGUGAAGAUUUUUUCUCUUUUAUUCCAAGAUGCAGUGAAUUGUCACAUUGAAGAGGCUUGGCUGCAAAAGAAAAAAUCUGAUUUAGACAAUUUUCUGUUGAUCUGGGUUUCAACCAUUUUUGCCUAUAAGCUGGUGUCAACUGGCCGAAAGCGUUGCAAGAUUACUUAAUGGGAAUAGAUGGUGUGGGAGUGUGUUUUAAGUUUUGGUUGUAGUGCAUGGUUAUAAUGUCUUAUGGGCUGGCUGACACUGGCCAUUUGAAAAGAAAUGACCAUGCACUUAUAUUUUCCUCUGAGACAUGUAGCACUUAAUGCUUGGUGCUGGAUGACCCAAUGUUGAUCAGUUUGCAGAGAUUUUCCUACUAAUCAUUGUAAACAUUUAAAGGACAAUGCAAUUGGUGCUACACACACGUUACAGCCCACAAAUGCAAAUAUUUGGGCCUACAUUGUUUUGGAAUCAGUGACAGCCCUAGUUGACUGUCUUCUACUGCACAUUCCUUAUGGCUCUGUGACAUUCUGUUUCAUAAGAACAGCCUAGGAGAUCAACUGAAACUAGCAUGUAAAAAGUUACACAACAGACAAAAGGUUUCUGUAAAGGAAGGUUGUAUAUAUUGACUGUGGGUUUAUGGCAUAUGUUAAUACACAAAGGGAAGACUAAACUCUGAGAAAACGGCCUUCAUCUGAGUAAUUCUUGAUGUUCUUUCUGUCAAAUCAGUCUCCUCCUGCAAAAGUUAUGCUCCAGUCUUAGCCAGAUGUUUGGAAGGGGAAUCAAAAUUCACUUAAAAUGAACAACUGAACUUUCUUCCUUUUGAGAUAUUUGUAUUCAAAUGUGUUUGUACUUUUAAAAAUUCCUGUAAGUGUUGACCUCUAUGAAUUACAGUAGACAUUUUUCAAGAGCUGGAAGUUUUACAGAAAUAUGGUUGGUUAGUCCUAGAUCCCUAUCUCUGUGGCUGGGAUUAAAAUCAACCUAGAGCGUGAAGACAAGCUCAUGCAAUCGAAAUACUUAAUUACUUCAUACGUUCAAGAUACCUGUAAUCAAUCUUUCUAUACUGUUUCAACUAUGCAGUUAAAGAACACCGUUUGAAUACAUCUGGUGCGGCUUUAUUAGUUUGUCCUUGAUGAAGGCUAAUACACAAGACUGGAGCUUUUUAAUACACUAUGUUUUGAGCAAAAUCUUUCGCACAUCUUUAAAACACUUAAUGAUAUUGACGGUAUAAAACUCAGCUUCAUUGACUUACAUAGCUGAAAGCAGUGGAAGGGAGUUUCAAAAAGCUGUAAGAUUGUUUUGAAUUCUACAGACAUUUGUUUUCAUUCUCAGUAACAUCAGAAUUUAUGCAUAUACUCUUGGUAAUCCUUUACACAAAAGCCCGAUUGUCGAACACCCAGGGUCUACCUUUAUUUAUUUUUUUCCAAAAAAUAAUAAUAAUAAAUAAAAAAAAAGAUUAUACAUUGAUAAAAGUUUGGCAGGAACAAUUUGUAAAAACCAUUUCUACUAAGCUGGUUAAACAGUGGGCUAAAUGUUUUGUCCAUGCAACUAAUGCUUGAAAGGGUUUGUAAUGCAUUUUGCCACUUGGAUGUGGUCUGCACUGGAAGCUGCUGGCCCCUCCAAAACAACACACAAUGUUUGUCUUUUUUUAAAAUGUUAAAACUGAAUUGAAUUUACUAAAAAUGUAAUUGUGUAGGGAGCAAUGUUUAUACUUUUAUACUUUUUUAGGCACCCAUAUUUUAUCCGCUUAAAUUUAACACCCAAGUUUCCCCUAAAUAAUAACAGAUUAUCUUAUGUAUCUGAAAAUAAGCAUAGCUAUUGUCUGUGUUAAGUACAUAUUAAAACAUUUCCUCUGCUGCAGUAGUCACUGUGUUUUUAAACAGCAUGACUCCACCAUAUUUCCUGAGCUCUCUAGCUCUUGGAAUUGCAGCCAACUAGGUUUCUUGUUUUCUUGAUGUGCUUUACAGAGUAACGCAGCAUUGGCCUAACUGGAUUCUAAAGCCCAAAAUAUCUGUGUAAUGAUCCUUCUGAAUCUGUAUUUCUGUUGUUUCUCUUAUUUAACUCCUCCCAAAAUGAGUGUUUUGUUUCAUGAACUGAAAUUUUCAAGAAUGGCAGCAGUAAAGCAUAAGUAACAAACUGAGCAAAACCAGAACAAAUUUAGAGUAUGUAAAAGGGUGUUUUUUUCUAAGUAUGUUUUUUUCACUGGAGUUUUUUUCAGUUUAAAAACAUGCUUUUAUGGUGAGAUUACCUGCUAUCGAGUUUACAUUGUAUCCAUGUUGUAGCAAAUUUGGGGGAAAUGGGUGGUUAAUCAUUCUGCACUUUGUUUCCAAUACCUCACACAGAUUUUAAAACAAAACAAAACAAAAAAAGAACUUUAAUAGGUACCUUGUAAAUUAUUUUAUAUAUGCUAUUGUUUGAGACCACUUAACUACCUACUUUUCCGUUCUUGCUAUUGUCAUUGUUGCUUUAAUUUUUGUGAACAUCUGAGGCUUUGAGAUAGUUGGAAGUGCAAUUAUAUGCCUUUUUCGAGGCAUUAAGAAUCAUUCCCUCAAAAAGUUUGGUUUCUUUUUAUUUGACUCUUGUAACGUCAAAUAAAGUUAGCUAUAGUAACAAGGUAGUUGUAUUAGAGUCCAAUCUACAUCAAGUUUUGGAAACAUUGCUUCAUAUGUUAACAUCUUGCAGGUUGAGGUAAUGUACUGAUGUAGUUUAAACUGGAGUCCUUUGUCUGUGUCUUUGCUGUCAUUUGGGAACUAUUUACCUCAAGCGACCUGCCUAUGAUGAUGUAAAAGUGAUAUGUACACUGUGGGGUCUGUAAUUGAAAAGUUAAACUGCAAAAGCAUGAGUUGAACUCUGGAUUUUUACAGCUUAUCUUUAAAUCAAAACAGUACUCCAGGCUAGAAUUUAUAGAAUCAUUUCUAUGAUUCUAUGAAUUUAGGAUCCUGAGCAUAAAAAGAUUAUAGCAGAAGAAAAUAAUGCAGGAACGGAGAGGUACCAAAAUAAACAGUCAAUCAAGGUAAGCUCUCACGAAAAAAAUAAAAUUCUACGGAAGGUUUAGCUUUCUACACCUUCACUAUAUGCAUAUUCAGUGAAGUAGUUUGGCAUGUUGACCAUGGAAAACGAGGUUACUUUAGUAGAUCAUUAGAGGAUUUCUUAAAUGUCUGUCAUUUCUUAAAUGACAGACUUCUUGCAAAACUUGUGUAAAAACUGAAAAGUUCAAACUUACUGUAGCCAUUUCUUUCUUAAAGUUAGGAGACAGAUUGUUUGGACUUAAUUUAGACAAAAGUUGUUUUUUUUUUUUUUCUAUGGGAGACAACUGAUUUCUAUGUGAAGUGCUUUUGGAUUUCAGAAGGUGGCAAAUCAAGAGUUUAUAUGCAAUGAAGAAGCCAUUCUGAAGCUGCUAAGAUGUGAAUGUCACCUGGUUCAUAACUGUUCAAAAGUAUAGUCUGACUCAGCUCCCACAGUAAAUGAAAAAUAGCUUUUUUAAUGAAAGAUACAAGGUUACCUGGAAUUUUCUCCUACUUAUUAUGGAGUUAUUAAGGAGUCUGGGUAAUUGCAGUUUAUCUGUUAGUAACUUAAUUGUGUGUCGCAGGCUUGAUUGUAUUUAGAAGCUUAUAUUGAUUGUCUACUGAACUUUCAGUCCUCAGAAUCAUAUACUCAGAACAUUUGAAAAAAUGUUUUUUUUUCAAAUUUAGCUAGGUAUCUUGUAAUGAUACCAGUUCCUUUCAUCUUUCACCUUAGCUUUAGUAAAAGAUAUUCCUGAAAAAAAUUGAGCUCAAGAUUCCAUCUAAUUUUUUGUCUUCAGAUUUUCUUCAGACAGUAGCUGUGUAGCUCCAUUUCUAGCAAUGUUUAUGAACAGUCAUGAUUGAUUAGGAAUGGUAUUAUUUCCUGAAGAUACCAGAAUUGAAUCAAUCUCCUCCUUCUCUGAGAGAGUUUUUUUCAGGAGAAAAAUGUAAAUUUCUAGCGGAUUAAACAAAAGAAUAUGCAAUUGUAGGCCUGUAUAGGGAACCAGUGUGUUGAGUGGGAUGAUGGUAUUUUCAGAGUUCAGAAUUGUCAGAACAGAACACUGCAUUCUCUGAACAUCUGUUGAGGUUGUUGGAAGUUGUUGAUCUCUUUUUGAGCAGUAUCACCAACAAAUUAACACACACAUUAAUAACAAAUUAUCAUUUUAUUGGUAUUAUAAAAAUGAACUUACAACGCAAAAAUGCAGAAAUGUGUGAAUGAAUGCAAUUAUAUAGAAAAUGGAUUAUAAUGUGUACUGUCCAAUCAUUCAGGUAUACUGGAGUACAUUCCUCGAAAAGUAAUGAGAGAACAGCGAAAUACUGGGCUUUUCAUGGAGAUCAAAGUAAAGUGAAAAAAAUAGUCUGAAGAUGAAGUGUGGCAUUUUGUUCACUUAAAAUGUGAUAAAAUCAAAGUGUCGUUCUCCUCCUAUUUUAUUCUCUCCUUCCACAUCAAAAAUCUCUUUCAAGUUUUUCAAAUUAACUUCUUCAAUCAGCCAUGAAAGGUGGGGCCCUUGAAAAAGACAUGGGAUUUUGCUUUGCCUUUAACAGUACCUGCUAGCUCAGGACAGUGAAGUGUCUUCUAACACAGACAUUUUGAAAUAUAUAGUCUGAGGAUGCUGUCUGUUUGCUUCAUUAUAGUUUAUACUGUAGUUAUUUCUAGCUUUAAGUACGAUCUCAGGAAAUUACCUGGGUUUGCAUGUAGGAUUAUUGAAUCUUAAAAUAGCAAAAAUAUUCCAUUAAAAAAUGCGGACACCUGUCUGAACUCAGUGUAUUACAACUUCUCUUUCUUUUGGUUCACAACAAGCGGUAGCUGUCUUUAAGGGCUUCUUACUAAACUGAAGCUCUAAAGGGCUAAAUAGAUCUUCUUUUAUUGCUCAGUUUGCCUAAGUGAAGGAGCUCUUUUCAGUGCGGAAAUGUUAAGGGCUAAAAUACUUUCCAGGGUUAAUUUGAGGUUCCAGGAAAAAAAAAACUUCUAAAAGGCAGAUAGGUUUUUUUUCUUCUAACAGAUGCUACAAUCAUUUUUAGAAACUGCAGAUAUAACCAAUUGCAGAUAUAAGUGUGUUCCUAUCUUGCUUGAAAUUUCAAUACGCAACUUGGUAAGGAGUACAGCAGAGAAGACGGCACAUUUGCCCACCACUUCGUUAUUGCCUAUGUUGAAAUUUAACAACUUUUGUGAAUAGAACUGGCAAUAGAGAGGCUUUGAGGAAAAUUCUAUGACAGGAAAUUCUUGCUGAAUAUUUCAUUACAACUUAGCAGUCCUUUACUUUUGCGAAGUCUACCAAGGCAUAAACUUCUGGAAUUUUCAGUUUAUAAAAUACCGCUGCAUAUAUAUAUAUAUAUAUAUAUAUAUAUAUAUAUAUAUAGCCUUCUGGGUUCUUCCCAGAUGUUGUGUGUUAAUAACUAUUAUAACCAGAGAAAAUUACUUGAAGUUAUUUUGAUCCCUUCGGGGUGGCUGUGGCAGGAGAAAGUUCUGUAAGAGUAUUCUCCUUGCUGUAGAAAGCUGAGCCUAAGUUUUGACCCACCGGGAAAUUGAGACUUCCAGGCCUGGUCAUCUGAAAUAUAAGAGCUGAUACAUCUAUGUACCUGAUUCUUGCUCCUUUUGAAGAUUUUCCAAAAGUGUAUGCACAGUUUUACUGAAACUUAAAUUGGCCGAUGUAUGCUUGCUAGGAUGAAGCAAGUGCCAAGAUGUUGUAAAAGAAAUGUUGCCAAGCUGUCUUCUUCGGACCAAGAUCACCAAACUGAACAAGUAUCAAAUGGCAACUAUUUCUACUCGCUUUUGUACUGAGCCUCAUCUGAGCCUGGCUAUGACAAAUCUGUAAAUCUAUUUCCUAUAGACUGUCUCGGCCCACCUACCUAAUUCAUGAGGUUGUUUUGUUUUUGUUUGUUUGAAAUUACUGGUCUCACAAUUACUUGUGCAUCAGCUGUGUUGCUAUCCAAGUGGCCAUACUUCCAACAUGUUAUUUCCUGGAUAGUGGAUUAGCAAUAACACUUUAUUUUGUGCCAAUUCAUUAUCUCUGAAGUGUUCUUACUGCAGCAGAGUUUGACUUUUUGAUUUGGUUUUAAUGUUUUUGCAUUAGCCAAAACUCUUAGCACAGACAUGGACAAAAAAAUGAAUCCAAGGAGUUUCCCUGGAUAAAAAAAUCUGCUAGGGCUUCCCAAAACAUCUGAAGUUUCUUACAGUUAGCCAUCAUUUUUAAAACAAAGACACAAUUAAAAUGUGUGUGGGUAUUUUUUUAACCUCCUUUUCAUAACACUAGCAUAUUGUAAACUGCAUGAAAUAAAAUUGUUUUUUCCCUUUUAAA